AUGAGCCAUCUGUCAUCAUCACAGUCGCAGGUCGAGAUGGAAGAUAAACCUAUUGGGCGACUCUCCAAAGCGAUAGCUCCACGUCCUACUCAUCCUCCUCCAACUCAACAUCAUCCACCUUCGUUUCCUGGCACCGGCCAAACCUUAGACGCUGAAGGCGGAGUUUUAACAAUUGAAGGCCGAAUGCCGGAUGCUGGUCACGCUCAUUUACAGGGAACGGUCAAGAAGGAUGGCAGUGACUCGCUCAUCCAACCAUCUCCGGUCGCUUCUUCGACCUCACCAGUGAUAGGCCUGGAAGAGCACAUGAACUCCAGCGUGUUCCUUCAUCCUAAGACCAAAAAGAGAACCUGGCCUCUUUUGCCAGUUGCAUGCGAACGAUGGUCCGAAGAGGAAUACGACUUCAGCUCCAAGACGAUCGUGAAAUACCUGAAAGACGCGGUCGAUUAUCACAAAACACUGCGCGAUAGUGCUCGCAACAUCCACUAUAAGCUCAUGAUGGUAGGAUCAUCGUUGGAGAGCGCAAAGCCAUCCAUAUUGGUUAUGUGCAAUUAUAUAGACUGGGGGUCUCUGAACUCAUUGCUCAAGAAGAUGCCAAGUCAAGAGUAUAAUUGCGUGAUACCAUCGACCUGGGACCGUGCGCACAAAUUUCGAUUUGGAGAUGGAGGCUUGUCUAGGAUGUCAGACUUGAAACCGAUCCUGUGGCUUUAUCUCUGUCCCACUACCUUCGAGACAUUGAAGAGGUUAACCGGUGUACCUGUCAGCAUUGAAUGCUCCUCGCUCGUAACCAUGUGUGGAUCUUUGGUUGCAUUCGAAGGCCGUCAAUCGACGAUCUCACUGACGUUGGAUAUCAAUGGGGAAGACCGUCUCCUCACUGUCGAACACAUAUUUCAGGACAAUGAAUUAGAAAAUGACAAGCCCCAAAUGAGUUCGGACGCAGAAUCUCCGGCGUCAAUCGAGAGCAAUAUUGAACAAUGGGACUUUCUCAACGAUAGCGAGGAUGAUACCUCGAUGGACUUAGACACGGACUGGAACUCGAACCAUGAUGACACCGAGAUGGAUCGAGAAUUACCGGCGACCUCCAUCAACUGCGAACCAUCUCAAGUUAGCCAUGAACCAGUGAGACCCAGAGUUGAAGCCCCUGCCCGGCUCUCCCGUUCUCACAAACAAGGUGAGCGGGUCGAACCUCCAAACAGCCUACCUCAUCGGAGCCCAUAUCUUGACUGGGCAUGUCUGCGCCUUGUGGAUUAUCAACUGACGCCACGGCAACGAUCCAAUGUCCUGUUGCGACGCGGGAAACCCCCAGGCCUAUUGGAGGACGUCGCUACCAAACCCCGUAUUCAUGCGGUUCCAGUGUUCAUGAUAUCUGGAAUACUCGGAGUGAGGUCCGGCAGAUUGAUUGAACUCCCCAGCUACCUUGGCUCCUCCAAGGGGCAAGAUCUUUGCGAAACAUGGGCAAUUAUUCUUGACCAACAAGAAGGUUUUUACCCCGGUGAAAGUGGUUCCAUCGUAGUCGAUCAAGAGACUCUCAGUAUAUAUGGCCACUUAGUUGGCUUAGACAUGUUCGGGUAUGGACAUGUAGUCCCUUUCUCGCGCACCAUUGAGCAGAUAAAAGCGGCCUUCAAUGUUGACAACGCCGGGCUCCCGGCUCUGGAAAACAGCGAUUCACACCAAGAAGGCGGCAUGGGUGACAAGGAUGAUGGAGAGUUGAUGUUUCUCCUGCAUGUUGUAUCGCCAGAUAUCUCCAAGGUCCAACAGCUCAUCGAACGGGGCGCCGACGUGAAUAGACCUGACGCAUAUGGCGCGACACCGCUCUUAAGGGCUGUGAGGGGAGAAUACCAAGCCAUUGUCGAGCUCCUUCUUGAAAAUGAUGCAGAUCUAUCCGUACCUGGCAAAUAUGGCGAGACGCCACUCUGGAGAGCUGCGAGCGAAGGACACCAAGCCAUUGUCGAGCUCCUUCUCGAUAAUGGUGCAGAUUUAUCCGUGCCUAAUGAAUAUGGCGAGACGCCGCUCUGGAUAGCUACGAUUAAAGGACACCAAGCCAUUAUUGAGCUCCUUCUUGCAAAUGGUGCAGAUUUAUCUAUACCUAAUAAAUAUGGCGAGACGCCGCUUUGGGCAGCUGUAGAAAAUGGACAUUUGCCAAUCGUCAAGCUACUACUCUCCCGGGGCUCAGAGGUGAAUUGCAAAAAUGAGCACAACCGAAAGCCAUUGUGGAGGGCUACACAACAAGGCCAUCGCGAUAUUGUUGAGGCGCUAGUUGAAGCGGGUGCUGAUACUAAUAUAGUCAACGAAGUUGGACAGACGCCACUGCAGUGGGCUGCAGCAAGAGACCAUCACCGUAUGGUUGAGCUGCUGUGCAAGGCGGGUGCUGAGGUAAACAUCACGGAUGACGGUGUGAGAGCAGCACUGCUCUUAACUGCUAUAAAUGAAGGGUAUUCGGAUCUCCUCCAGCAGCUAAUCAAAGCAGGUGCCGAAGUGAACGUCAGGGAUAGAGACGGACUCACGCCGCUCUUAUAUGCUGCACAAAAUAGGGAUUUAGAUAUCACCCAGCAGCUAAUUAAAGCAGGUGCUGAGGUGAACGUCAGGGAUAGAGACGGACUCACGCCGCUCUUAUAUGCUGCACAAAAUGGGGAUUCAAAUAUCCUCGAGCAGCUAAUUAAAGCAGGUGCUAAAGUUAACGACGGGGAUAGAGACGGACUCAUACCGCUCUUAUAUGCUGCAGGAUCUAGGGAUCCAGAUACCGUCCAACAGCUAAUUAAAGCAGGUGCUGAGGUGAACGUCAAGAAUAGAGACGGACUCACGCCGCUCUUAUAUGCUGCACAAAAGGGGAAUUCAAAUAUCCUUGAGCAGCUAAUUAAAGCAGGUGCUGAGGUGAACGUCAAGAAUAAAUUCGAACUCACGCCGCUCAUGGCGGCUGUGCAGAGCCAUAAUGAAACCAGCGUUCAAAAACUGCUUUCUGCAGGCGCCUUGUUGGAUAUCAAGGAUAAUAAAGGGCGUACAGCGCUCUUUUUCGCCAUACAGAGGAAGGAUAACGGUAUCAGUCAAAUGUUAAUCGAAGGAGGUGCUGCUACAGAUGUCGAAGACAAGCGGGGAAGAAAACCACAGAUGAUAGUUACAGUACGGAUGGGGGCUCGUUCAUCCAAAGGCCCUCUACGGGAGGGAAUACCGCUUGGGACAGGUAUCUCGGCAAUUGAGACAUUAGGGGUUCCGAACUAG